AUGGCAUACUCCAACUUCUUCCACACCAGACCCCUCCCACUGCUCCCUCGAACCCCAUCUCCUCUGAAGAGGUAUUACUCCGGAGCCAAGAUCUCCAAGGCCACUUUCGACUUUGAUUCCACUCGCGGUUCCACUCCCAGCCCUACGUCUUCUACGGGCCCGAUUCCAAUCCCAGUUCCGACUCGGAUUAGUCCCAGCGUGGAGAUACCCGAGAUACAUUUAUCUCCGUCGCUCUCACCAUCGCCUUUGCCUUCUCCGUCGGGGUCUGAGAGGUCCUUUUCGGUGCCGUCUGAGACUGGUGAUGAUCACAACCACUGCUGCCAUGAGCAGUACCACUAUCACGACUACGAAUACGUUCAUUGUCACGAUCACGAAUACGGUACUUAUCUCUCUACCAAAGAGAACGAGAGCACCAACCACAUCUACGCUUCCGCUCAUACUUUUGAUCCCACCACCCUCCUCGUCCCGAGAAUGGGAAAGGACGACCGUCGAAGCUCAGUCCUCAGCGAUAGCGAGAUCAGUGUGUUAGAUUUGGGCCCUAGUCUGAGUCCCACUGGCACUGGUAGUCCGACUGAAGUUGGUAGUCCGACUAGUCCUACUGGUGACGCUGAGGGGGUUCCGGCACCUUCAGUGACCGUGGGGAUGGCUAUGAGUCCGGUGGGUCCGGUACCUGGCAUUUAUGGCGGGGAGAACGGUCCGGUUGGCUCUGGAUUCGGAAUGGGGCUUGGGGUUAAGGAGAAGACUUAUCGGGAAUUGUCGACGCCUAUUGCUACUGGUUUGGAUGGCGGCGUUGAGACGGAUACUUGGGAUUACGGAUAUGGGUGUGGACUCCAGUACGACUAUAGUUAUGGGGAAGGAGAUAUUUUUGGUUUCGGCUACGGAGGUGACGGUUCUGACAGCCCCCAUCCUCUAUUGGUUAUGCCACGGCUAGAACGGGAUGGUGGUAGUAGUGGCAGGGCUAGUCACGAGCACAGACAUACAGGCAAACCCGAAAUCACCGUGGAGUCGCCGGUAUUGAGGCCCCUGAGAACCACGCGGAAGGACAAGGCGAGACGGGCGGUAUCUUUUUGGUCGAGGAGGGCUUUGGGGUUGUAA